CGCUGAGUUACAAAAGUCUCUAUUGCCGGUUUCCUUGCUACCAAGGGACUUUCCCCGUAUUUCCGGUUCUCCAAUGGGCGCCGCCAUCUUCGGAAUCGGCUUCUUCCUGCUGCUUCUGUCCCCGCCGCCAUGUCUAAGGCCUUGGAGCAGGGCAAGGAGACCGCGCCUCCCCUCAAGCCGCUGUCCGAGAGCUGCUGGGGCUGCCGCAUCCUGUCCGGCUCGGUGCUGAUCGGGGCCGGGUUCUGGGUCUAUCUAGGCUCGCGCAGGGUCAUAAGCCGGGGCAUCGCCUCCUCCGUAGGGAACAUCGUCCAGCUCUUCUUCGCAGCCAAUCUCCUCUGCUGCGGCAUAAUCAUCCUAGCUGAUCCAUUUGGGAAACAGAAGAAGUAGAACAAACAAGGCAGGACAAAGUGUAGCUGCUGCCUCCAUCAGCGCUGGCCAAGUCAAACAAUGUGUAUUUGGGACAAUAACAUGAAUCUAAGAGAAAA